ACUCCCACUGUAGGAGAAGGCGCGAUCGUGCGUCUCUCAUCAAAAUGUCUCAAAUAGGGAUGAAUUUACGAGUUACUGAGAGUUGUGAUCAAGGUGGACGGAAAUAUAUGGAAGAUAGAUAUGCUGUACAUUUUGAAAGAAAUGAAAAGGGCGUCGUCGAAUUUGGAUAUUUCGGUGUUUUCGACGGACACGGUGGAGCAGAAGCAGCCAAGUUUGCUCGAGACCGGUUACUGGAAGAAAUAACAAAAUACGACGAGUUUUGGACGGAUGACGACGAAAAUGUGUGUCAAGCAAUUAAAGCGGGUUUUUUGGAUACCCAUAAAGCGAUGUGGAAAGAGCGUGACAAAUGGCCGAUGACAUCAUCAGGGUUCGCCAGCACCUCGGGUACCACAGCCAGCGUGGCCUUCAUCAAGAACUGCAAACUGUACAUAGGCCAUGUUGGAGACUCUGCCAUAGUCCUGGGCCAACAGAACACCGCCAAUGCCCCCAUGACUGCUGUCAGGCUCACAAAGGACCACAAGCCAGAGUGUCCAGAUGAGAGGAAACGUAUUGAGAAGAGUGGAGGCAGUGUCAUGAGGAAGGCUGGUGUCAACCGGGUGGUGUGGAACCGCCCCAAAAAUGCCCACAAGGGCCCGGUGCGACGCAGCACUCCCAUUGACCAGAUUCCAUUUCUGGCUGUGGCUAGGUCUCUGGGUGAUUUAUGGAGCUAUGACUUUAAGACAGAGGAGUUUGUGGUGUCCCCUGAGCCUGACGUGUCUGUGCGUCACCUGUUCCCCCGCAAAGACCGCUGCCUAAUCCUGGGGAGUGACGGACUGUGGAACAUGCUGACCCCCGCAGAAGCCUGUCUUACUGUUCAGCUGGUGGAGAAGGAGGUGGAGAAGAAGAUAGUGUCAGACCCAAGUGUCGAGUUGAACCACUGGGUGAAUGUGUCUGAGAAAUUGGUCAGACUGGCCCUGCAUAAGUGGAAGUCAAAGAUGAUGCGUGCUGACAACACAAGCUCCAUGGUGGUCAUGAUUGACCCCCUGGGGCCUAGUCGCUGGCUCCAGCUACGCAAAAAACGCGAAGAGCACCUCACAAGGAUCAAUCUGAACUGCCCAAAGGACAGAGCCAAUGGAAAUGUGUCCCCAUCUUUACCUUUGACUCCUGACUCAGAUGACCUUGAGAGCCCAGAUAUUGACCUUGAGCCAGAUCGUAAUGCUCCUACACCUAUUAUUAACGCAGUGGAAGUCAACCUACCUCCAACACCAAAGAGUGCCUCCUUGAAGCGCGACGGUAUCCAGCCGUACAUGUAUGAGCCAAUGGAGGAGGAUUACGAUGAAGUGGACGGAGAUCUGAGUAUAGUGUCCAACUCGUGUCUGCCUGCCAUUGGCUCAGAGAUCGUGAUAGACAGCAGCAUGUCGCCACUUAAAACUUUCAGCGGUGUUCAGUUGGGCAAUGGCGAUCUGGAUGACAUCGAGAGGUCCAUCAUGGAGGAGAAUUUGCAAAUGAAUUUCAAAUCGCCGCUGAAUUCCAAACCGACGAUUCCUCUGCUGAGAUCUCAGCCAUCUUUCAUGACAUUCUCCAGCACCCCUCCGUCCAGUUUGCAGAUGGACGAGGAGUGUAAAGACACAGAGGCCAAUGUGACGGCAUUUAGUGGGUGUGGAAGCGGAAGUAAACUUCAGAAGUUGCAGGUAAAGAAGCUAGGUGGAUCUCCACAGAAAUUAUCAACGUGUCUCGACUCUCCUCUCUUAGCCUCACCUUUUUUAGAAACUCCCGACUCCCCGCAGAGAAUUAAUCCAUUUACAGGCAAGCCUGCUGUGAAGAUUGUUCGUGAAUAUUUAACGUCACCGCCUUCUCCCGAGGUCAGGCAUAAACCCAAGAUGCUGUUGCCUGGCAACCCAGGUGACAAGGUGGAAAUAGUGAGAGAGUACCUGAUGAAGAAAAAGCCUGAAGACAGUGUGACGGUAAGCAUGGCCUCAAAGCUCCGGGAUACUGACCCACCGAUCAUCAGCAAAACCAAGAGGUUCAAUGUAACCAUCAUUAGAGAGUACUUGAUGAAGAAACACAAGAGGUCUGGGAAACAGAAGAGCAAGCCGAAACACAAGGCUCUGCCGACCACGUCCGAAUUUCGACAGUCGCGAUUUCUCGGGGAGGUGUCGAUGCCAUCCUGUUCGAACUCCUCCAGUGGGAAGUGUGGCUGGGCAAAAUGGUUGACUAACAGGGCAACGCAGCGCAAACUGAAGAAGCUGAAAGGACAGCAAGCUCUUAAAGCGCCGGGCGCAACAGCUGAAGGAGACAUAGAAGAUUUGCCUGAUUUCAGACAGAGAAGUUUGAGUUUGACAAACGUGCUGACUACAAAAGGAGGUGAGGAGCCAUUGUCACCAGCGGCAGAAGUCAGUGUUUCUGAGAUGGACAGAAAGCGCUCGAACUCCGUAGGAAAUAUUCCUAUAGGUAAGGUGCUGAAAAACAAAAACUGUGAACAGAACUGCGUUGUUACCUCUGUGAAAACACGAAACUCUCCUAAAGGAUUCGUGGGAAGCUAUAAAAUUAGUAGGAGUCGAGUGAAAUGUCUGACUUCGCCUGAAAAUUUGCAACUGACGGGCAAGGAGCAGAUCAACAACUCUUCCUCAGAGCUUAGACGCCGAGUGGCGAGACAUAAAUCCCCCAUGGCGAUCAAUAGUCAAACUGUCAGAGGUCAUCAGCGCUCUAAAUCCGCUUCGAAUGUGCGAUCAAACGUGGCACAGACGCGAUUGAACCCCUUUAGCAAAAGUCUAGUGAGAACCAGGAGUCAUACUGACUCUUCAGCUACGCCGGUGAGAGUAUUACGCAGCUUGGUGGGUGUGAAACGCAAGGCUGACAGCACCACCCCUGAUACAAUGUCCACAAAGCGCGUUCGUCAUACAGCGGUGCGUGGACGCCACAGCUGACACCUUCAUCGUUUAACAUGUCCAUCACAGAAAACAUUUUACAUCUCCAUUAUUACACUGUCGCUAUUGUCAGGUUGGUUAUGAAAGCAUUGCAGGGUACAUACAUGUAAAAUGCAAGUGACUUUUGGGUUUGAACCAGUCCAUGAGUGGGAAUAUAUAUUGAUGUUAAUCUAAGGUAAAUGAGACUUUUGAAUUGACAACCAGAGUUUGACACAUCACACCUGGGCACCUCAAGAUGCCAAGAACAUCUUUGAAUCAAGUCGAAGAUGUCUUUUGAUAAUUAAAUUUUAAUUAAAUUUUUAAUUAAACUAAUGUACAAGCCUUAAUAGCAUGGACAUCCAUGUAUAUUUCAAGUACUGGUAUGGCGCAAGUACUAGCACUGGGGGGGUCAAUCAAUACUUGUAUUUUAAUAUUUGUACAUGUAUUUUAAUAUUUAUACAUGUAUAUAUGUGUGUAUUUUCUUUAGAAAAUGGCGUAGAUAUUUUCCUAUGGAAUGUAGAAUCCUGUAGAAAGGGGCCAUGUGCAAAUUUGACAGUUUUGUACUACUCUUGAAUAUUUUUCUCCACUUUCAAGCAGUCGGCAUGUCAUAUACCCCCUUUGUGUAAAAAAUAAAUGGUUGGGUCAGUAUGGAACUUCUCCGUAUCAAAACUAAGAAUUUUUAAGGAAAUAAAGUUAUUUUAUUUGAAUUAGUAUUAUUUUAUAGCAAUCCAAACUCUGGGACUGUAGCUUUUGGUUAAAUAUACACAAAUAUAUGAAUUUUAAAAACAGAAAUGAAAAGGCUGGAUGAAGAGUCAUGUGCUGAACCUGUUUGAAAAUGUGAUUUAUUUCUGUUUUGGUUUUGACUGUUCUUGUCUACUCAGGGGACAAGUGCUGUCAGGCUUCAGUUUUAUUUUAUUUUAUGUUUUUUUGGCUUUGUUGCAAAACCAGUUUCUGGUAGCUUUUUCUAAUGCUGUAAGGGAGAAGAUUUGUGAGAAAAGCUAUGAAAAAUUGCCAUCGAAAGAAGGUGAUACAUUUUUUGUAAGGUUACAUUUAGAUUUGUUUUUUUAGUGUAGUUAGGGAAGGGUUAGUGUUUGGGUGUGUACUUGUGGGCUACAAAGUAUAAAUACACAUUGAUAACACCAUUGUGGCGUGCAUGCGCAUUUUGAUACGUCUGUUUGCUUUGUAUGUAGGAUAUGCCAGGGGAUAAUUGAUCUUUCGACAUGGUUUGUUUCCUCAGUGCUGUAGUGUAGCUAUGGAACUGUUACAUGUAUAUCUGGAAGCCAGUCAUUUCUCUGGCAUACAUGUGGUUUGUUUCCUCAGUGCUGUAGUGUAGCUGUAGAACUGUUACAUGUAUCUCUGGUAGACAGUCAUUUCUCUGGCAUACAUGUGGUUUGUUUCCUCAGUGCUGUAGUGUAGCUGUAGAACUGUUACAUGUAUGUCUGGCAGCCAAUCAUUUCUCUGGCAUGCAUGUGGUUUGUUGGUACUGAGAACCAACAAGCUAAAAGUCCACUUCUUACAUAAAAUCUACAUUUUUUUCAUUAUUCAUGCUCAAAUUUUAUUCUGAGGCCUAUCUGUUAUGGGUUAAAUUUGGUUUCUUUUCAAUUCCAGUACUCUAGUCACAUGACUAAAGAGCAUGCAGAUGAUUGGCUCAGAACGGCUAUGACAUCAUUUCAAAAAUAUGAAUUGAGAUUGGUUAAACAAAGGUACCAGUAACAAUUCAUGGUAAACAAUUGGGAUGAAGUUUGAAGAUGAUGUAAAAUUAUGCAUGUAGGUCACAAUUCUUAGCACAAAAUUAGGGUGAAUAUGAAAUUGGAAUGAUUAUUCUAGAAUAUUCAUGGAUAUGAACAUGUAACUGAUACAAUAAAGAUAGGAGAAAUAACUGAGACCCCCAGAUUUCAAAAUCUUGCUGUUCUGUUGGUAGGUGGCAUCAGAGAGCCAUAUCAUGUACUAGGUCAUGCUGUAAGUGGGUUAUGUUCAAACUUGUCAGUGGUGCAAAUGCCAUCUUUCAUAUUUUGUGUGGUACAUGACAUAGAAGCCCUGAUGAAUACAUUUAUGACCACUAAUAUUUUACAAUUCUAAGAAACCCUGCCACAUUUGAUAAUGUAGUUCAGUAUUUGCCAACAAUAUCUUUGAACCUACUAGUUUUAUGACAGGUUCAAUUUGCUGAACAGAAUUCCCAUGCUGACAGCAGUCUGUCUGUCUUUCAUUUAUUAUUAACUGUAAUAAAACUUUUGUGUAGAACUUUCAAGAUUUUAAUCCUGUUGGAGGUAACACACUUCCAGCUUAAAAAAUCUUAAAAAAAAAAAAAAAAAAAAAAAAGUCUAAUGAUUAAAGUGUAUGCAAUUUUCAUCAGUGCGACUCUCUUAAGGCAGCAACCUGCAAGAUGUGAACAUACAUGUAUUGUUCUUUGUAUUUACAUGUCAUCUGUCAGUCAACCUGCAACAAAUUUCUAUUGGUUUGUGAUUUUUACUACUGUACACAUGCGUUCAAUGCACCUAAUCAGUCACAUUUGUUAUCAAUACUUAUCUUAACCUAGAGCAUAUAGUACACAGUUUUUUUUUUAAUCCUGUCCAGUUCUAAUUGUAAAGCGUGUGCUUACAUGUUUAUAAUAUGCCACUGCCGUUUGAUUCUGUUGUGUUUUAUGCUCGUGUGAAAGCCUAAUAAUCAGUUUUAUCUUGUGUUCCCACGAAAUGUCAACAGGUACAUGUAGGUUAGGACUGGGCUUAUUCUUGCAUGAGGACAUGAACUGACACUAACGAAUGCAGGUUUGUAUUUGCCCUUUUAAAACAAUAUCUAAAACACACUGACAAUGUACUUGUAUAAUGAAAGACCUGCAGAUUUGAGUAUAAUGAAAGACCUGCAGAUACUUUUAACGUAAUAUUUGACUGAGGAAAUGUGUUACUGUACAUGUAGUAAGCAAGGGUGUGCUUGUGUACUACAUUGCGAUCUGCUGACAGUCUGUGAUAAGACUUGUGCAGACUCACAAAGACAGAAGGGACAGGUAAAUAAAACAUGUAGCCUGUACAUGUAGUUUGUAAGUGUCCUUCGAAAAUUGAAUGCAAUUAGCUGUUUGUUUCUGUAAUGGGUUUUGAGUUCAAGCUCUUUCGUCGUUAAAGGUAAAAACAGUCUCAUGGUAUCAUGUGACUUGGCAAAAUUCUUAAGCAACUGCUGAAUCUUUAAUCACCUGUCUUACCGUGUUCAGGAGGCACAAAUGACUCAUCUUUCCUAUUUAAGGACUCCUGAAAUUCACAAAUGUUCAGCUCCUCAAAAUUCGCCAUUUUUCAUCUGCUGUGAAGUACCUUGUGUGAAACCUUUUUUUUCACACACCCAUGUUACAGUAAUCAAAUGUUACAGUGCGAUAAAAAAUAGUUGCCUAACAUUUUCAACAAGUCACAUGAUACCAAAGACUUUAUUUAACUUUAGGGAUUAGAGCGGUUGAACUGGGACUCCUCUAUUGGGAUGGUCUGUUUCAGUAAUGAAUAGUAGCUUUUACCAGAAGCAGAGUAAACCUGCAGUUUAUCAAAUUUAUUCAAAAUAUUGUUGGAUGACAUGAUAUUGACUCCAAUCUCUAGUAAAAAAUCCAGAUAGCACUUGCAGAUGACUGUGGGAAAGCGAAGAGGAUGGAUUUACAUGCACCUCUUCAAUUUUAAGCCUUUUCACAUAUAACCACGUCAGAUACGUGUUGUUUUUCUU